GAGUUCAGAUUGUGAAUUCUAUGAAGACUUCACUCAACCAGGGACUGCAAGUAGUUUUGUAAGAUCAAUGGCACCAAAAUCAUCACCCAGUGCAACAAGUAAAUGGAUUUGGAUUGGGGCUGCUGUUAGUGCUACUCUUUUGGUAAUAGCCUUUUGCAUCUUGUGUCAUCUACGAAGAAGAAGAAGAAAACCUGAACUUUCAGAUAGAUUCAACUUCAUGUUUUUGAGGUUUUCUGUCCCUGCACUAUUCUUAGUAGGUGAGAAUGAGAUUGAUCAGAACAAAUUGCUGGUCAUGGGACAUGAUUUAAGCAUAUUUAGCUAUGCAUCAAUCAUGGCUGCCACAUGUAACUUCGCUGAAGAAAACAAGCUUGGAGAAGGGGGAUUUGGACCUGUUUAUAAGGGAAGAUUGUUGACGGGAAAAGAAAUUGCAGUGAAGAGGCUUUCAAAAUGUUCGGGGCAAGGAACGUUGGAGUUUAAGAAUGAAUUGAUCCUCAUAUAUGAACUUCAACACACAAACCUUGUCCAGCUUUUUGGAUUUUGCAUUCAUAGGGAAGAGAGGAUGUUGAUAUAUGAGUACAUGCCAAACAAAAGUCUGGACUACUUUUUAUUUGAUGCAACUGAAGGCGUUCUUCUCGAUUGGCACAAGCGUUUCAGCAUAAUUGAGGGAAUUACUCAAGGAUUGCUUUAUUUGCACAAAUACUCGAGAAAGAAAGUAGUUCAUAGAGACUUAAAAGCUAGUAAUGUACUACUUGAUAAAGAUAUGAAUCCAAAAAUUUCUGAUUUUGGUAUGGCAAGAAUUUUCACACAUACUGAACUUCAAAUAAAUACGGGCAGGAUUGUUGGGACACUUGGUUACAUGCCUCCUGAGUAUGCAAUGAAUGGAAUUUUUUCUAUAAAAUCUGAUGUCUACAGUUUUGGGGUGUUAAUGCUUGAAAUCCUAAGUGGUAGGAAAAACAACAGCUUCUACAAUGAUGAUCGAGUACUCAAUUUAGCAGGAUAUGCGUGGGAGUUAUGGAAAGAUGGUGCAGGGCUACAGCUAAUGGAUUCAAACUUGGGUGAUUCAUGUAAUAAGGAUCAGUUUUUAAGAUGCGUCAAUGUUGGUCUACUAUGCGUGGGGGAUAAUGCAGCCAAUCGGCCUACCAUGUCAGAAGUGAUAUCUAUGUUGACAAAUGAAAGCCUGCCGCUACCUGAACCUACAAAACCAUCAUUUUGUACUGAAGAAGUGAUCGUUGCUACUAUAGUUGGAGGCAAACCACAAAUUCUGUCAAUGAAUGGUAUGACCAUUUCCGAUAUGUGUGGACGUUAAA